AUGAGGAACUCAUCUUUUCUCUUUACUGCUUUAAUAACUCUCAUGUCUAUUUCAACUGCAAUAUCAUCACAAUCACCCCUUCAGAAUUUCCUCACUUGUUUUUCUCAUAAUUCUCAUGCUUCUAAAGUUAUUUACACGCCAAACAACUCCUCAUUUUCAACCAUCCUCAACAAGAAAAUGUAUAACAAGAAAUUUCAAUCACCAACAACACCAAAACCUUUGGCAAUUAUAGCCGCAAAAGAUGCUUCUCAUGUCCAAGCAACAGUUAUAUGUGCCAAAAGUAACAAUAUUCAAAUCAGAAUCCGAAGCGGAGGCCAUGACUAUGAAGGUUACUCAUAUGUAUCAGACGUUCCUUUUGUUGUAAUCGACAUGUUUAAUAUCAAUUCAGUUGAUAUCAAUUUAAAAGAAGAAACGGCAUGGGUUGGUUCCGGUGCAACAGUUGGUAAGAUUAAUUAUAACAUUGCAAAGAAAGACAAUAAUCUUGCUUUUCCAUCUGGGAUCUGUUUUUCUCUAGGCUCUGGUGGCCAUUAUUCUGGUGGUGGGUAUGGAAAUUUGAUGCGAAAAUAUGGUCUUUCUGUUGAUAAUAUCAUUGAUGCGAAAAUUGUUGAUGCCAACGGUAACAUCUUGGAUAGAAAAUCAAUGGGAGAAGAUCUCUUUUGGGCUAUAAGAGGUGGUGGUGGUGCUAGUUUUGGUGUUAUUCUUUCAUGGAAACUCAAAUUGGUUCAAGUACCUUCACAACUUACUGUUUUUGAUGUGAAAAGGAAUGUGGAUGAAGAAGGUGCAAUUGAUGUUGUUUACAAAUGGCAACUAGUUGCACCAAAAUUGCAUAAAGAUCUUUUCAUUACUCUGAAAACUAAUGUUGUUCAAAUUGGUAAUGGGAGCAAAAAUGCAAUACAAAUUAGUUUCAUUGGUCAAUUUUUGGGAACAACCGAAAAACUUUUACCUUUGAUAAGUGAAAGUUUUCCUGAAUUAAAUUUGAAAAAAAGUGAUUGUUUUUCAAUGCCUUGGAUUAAUACCACUCUUUUUUGGUAUGGUAAACCAUUUGGUAGUCCUCUUGAAGAAUUGUUGGUGGACGGACCUCCAUCAAUUUAUUUCAAAAGUAAAUCAGAUUAUGUGAAGAAACCUAUUCCAAAGGUAGCUAUAAAAUCUUUAUGGAAAAAAUUGAUUCAAGGCAAGACUAUGUAUAUGGAUUGGAACCCUUAUGGUGGAAGAAUGGAAGAGAUAUUGCCAUCACAAACUCCAUUUCCUCACAGAGCGGGAAACUUGUUCAAGAUUCAAUAUUUUAAUAAUUGGAUUGAUGGAUCUCCUAAAUCUAUUGAACAACAUGUGAACUUUUCAAGAUCGAUUUAUAAAUUCAUGACACCCUAUGUUUCAAACUCUCCAAGGGAGGCAUUUCUUAAUUAUAGGGAUGCUGAUAUAGGUGCCAAUCAUCCAAGUAAUAUAACAAAAUUUGACAUUGCAAAAACUUAUGGAAGAAAGUUUUUCAAAGGAAAUUUUGAAAGAUUGGUGAGUGUGAAGACUAAAGUUGAUCCUAAAAACUUUUUUAGAUAUGAACAAAGUAUUCCUACUCUAACACAUUAG